CCGUUCCACUCCGCAUACCCAAACCCAAACCCGCACCCCUCGCCAUGCUCUCUCUCUCCUCUCCGGCUCUCGACCCUCCGUAUGUCGCCACCGCUCGCGUCCGAGCCCGGCGACCGUCCGCCAUCUCCGCCGCGACCUUCACGUCCUCCGCCACCUCGAAAUCACGACAGCAGCACCAGUACCCUCACCCUCCGCGGCUCUCUCACCGUUCGCCGCCAUUCGCGACCCCUUACGAGAUCCUCGGGAUCCCCGCCGGCGCCACGAGCGAGGAGAUCAAGGCCGCGUACCGGCGGCUCGCCAGGGUCCUGCACCCCGACGCCGCGAGGGACUCCUCGGCCGACCUCCGGUUCAUCAGGCUCCACGACGCGUACUCGACUCUGCUGGACCCCGAGAAGCGAUCGGUCUACGACCGGAGGGUCCUGCUGGCGAGGAAGAGGAACAGGCCGGUCGCGGUCGUCGACGGCGCCUCCGCGUACGGCGGGCGGAACUGGGAGACGGAUCAGUGUUGGUAGCCAGCCAGUUUCUGCGACUCGCCGGGUCGACCGAUUCAGCUUCCCGAGUUAGAAGAGACCGAGGAGGAUUGAUAGCGUCAAGACGAUAGGUUGGUUGAGACUUGUGAGAGAGGAUGACUUGAUUGACUUAAACGACACAGUUUCCGAGCACUGGUUUGUUGUACAAAUUUUGGGGCCCACGCCUUUUUGUUUUCGUAAAAAUUAACGUAGAAUUGAAGCCCUGAUAAUCUGGGAAACCUGUCUUGGAUUUCUCAUGUCGGGGGGAAUGGUGUACUUUUUCUUCGUUUAGUGGAAGUUUCCGGCUAGCCUUC